UCAACAGAGGAUGGGGGCAAUGAAGGAAAAGGAUGAUCCAAGUUUACUCCUGUACAUAUCGCGAUGCUUUCACAGCAAAAUCAUUUCGCACCUCACCGCCUCUCUCCUCUGAUUGGGGGUUGAAGUCAAAAGUUUCCUCGCAGUGUUGCAAGAACAGUUAGAUGCUAUUGUGCCUUCGACGGAGACGUAGAUUCCCAUGGAGAGCAAGAACCGGUCUUUGCGAAGAAGAUGAGUGACGCCGGAUUGCGGUUAGAGGAGACUGUCGACGUCGGUUGAGGAAAACUCAGGCUUUGGAUCUCUUCUUGCAUCAGUGGCAUAAGUGGGGCUUGUGUACAGUCAAGUAUUUGAACAGGCGUUCUUCAUGCCAACAGUCGUGUUGUUGAUAAGGCGAACCUCAAUGUUAAUGGAAACUCUGUUUGAAGUUUGUGCGUAGGAGCCUGAAUAUUUUAUUAUUUCUUUGUGUGUGUUUAUGCUUAGUAAUAACCAAUCAUCUUUUGACAUGUUGCUAAAGCAGGUCGAUGAGGGAAGUCUAUGUGUGAUUAAAUGACUUCAAUUGUGAAAUUUAUUGACUAAAAUGAUCACAAUUAGCUAGUUCAUGAAUCUGAGAUGUGUUGUGUCUUCAAAAUCCAUGAGAGUAUAUCUAAUAUUUGGAUUUGCCUCAUACAUUGAAUCUAACAGUUUCUUAGUGGAAUUAAUCUCCUUGUCGAAACUUUUCUGAUGAUGCUGGUGUUCAUAGUCGCACUUAGAAACUUGGAAGAAUUCAUCAUUACAUGGCACAUUACAUUCAAACAUGAAAUCAUCAGUAUUGUUUAAGCAUGCCCCUGUUUCAGUCUCUCAUUGUUGAUCAGUCAUUUCAUGAAUUGAAUCAUUGAAGAAGAGUGCUUUGAUGUCAAUUGUCAUGAUAAACAAAAUGAAUCUUAUCCCUAACAAUUUUUUUUUUUUUUGCAUAAAAUAACAUGGGGACUUUAUUUCUUGGUACCUGUAAAAAAUCUCUGGUAUUUUUCUUAAUUUCUACAAGGGCUUUCUAGAUAAGGGAUCUAGCUUAUGUCCUAUGAUUGUUUGAGCAGGCUUCUUUCAAUGUCAAGGGUGAUGAUAAGAUCAAUUGUUCGAUUUCAAAGUUAUAACAGUUGAGAGCUGAGCCAGAACAUAUGUUGUUGGAUAUUAUUUAUGAAGAUGAGUAUGUACUAGUAAUUAAUAAACCUACGCACAUGCUGAUUCCAAACCUAUAUCUUUUUAACAUCUGUAAAGCAUUAUUUACAAGGUAUUCUUUAUGCCAGAAGAGGUCAAAUUACUGACAUGAUCCAUUCUUCAACUUGGGAUGUGCAUCCAGCAGCUGGAAACACAUCUGCCACUCUUGUCAAUGGCAUUCUUUACCAUUACAACAAUCCCAAUGUUGAAAUUUCUGACAAGGAAUCUUUUUCAGAGAAAGGUCUUGUAAAAUGUUACAAUCACAUUCCAGCAUGUAUGGAGCAUCAGUCCGCCUCGGGAUUGUGCAUAGGCCGGACAAUGGCACUAGUGGAUUGCUUGUUGUGGCAAAGGCACACAAUAACUGAGAUACUUGCUAAAGGUGGUUGUGCAUUGCUUGAAUGGAAGCUAGAAACUGGGCGUACUCAUCAGAUACAUGCACACUCCAAGUAUCUGGGCAUUCCCCUGCUAGGUGACGAGGUGUAUGGAGGGAGGGGGAGCACGGCCCCAUCUCUACUUCAGCCCAGAACUCCAACGAACUUGAGUGGCAAAAUUGUACAAAUGGUGUCUUGGCAAAAUUGUACAAAGUUAUAACCCCUGUCUAGAUAGACCUUGCCUCCAUGCUUUUACUCUUGGGUUGCUGCAUCCCCAUUAGGAGAGCAGCUACACUUUUCAUGCCAACCUCCUGCAAACUUUGAUGAGAUUUUGAGCCAGCUUCGAACAAUUGGCUAUGAGAGGCUAUCUUUCUUGCAACCUUGAAUUUCAUGACGAGCAAUUUCAGUAAUUAAGUUUCACUACUUUAA